GGGUUGGGGUGGGUGACCAAUGAGAAGAGAAGAGUGUUAGAGGAGAUGGAGGAAGUGAGAAAAAAUGGUUGGAGGUGCUGCCACACUUACUCUAUGGGUCCCACCUCACAUUGAAUGCCGUUGUUUCUGCAUUGCCCCAUGCCACACUCACAGUGUUUCAAUAUUCAUGCUAUGCUCGACUCUACUCUAGUUCUGUAGUUCAAUUUCAUUACUCCCUUUAAAUCAAAUUAUCAAUUUCAAAACCAAUGUUCUAAUUCUAAUAUCUUAUUAUUAGUAUUACCCAAUUUUAUUUCACUAAUGGAACUCACCGAUGCUCCUCCACCUCGUCGCGUUCUUCUCAUCUCAGCCGGUGCAAGCCACUCCGUUGCUCUUCUCUCGGGCGACGUGGUGUGCUCGUGGGGUCGAGGAGAGGAUGGUCAAUUAGGGCAUGGUGACACCGAUGAUAGACUCUUACCUACGCGACUCAGUGCAUUAGAUGCUCAACAAGUAGAUUCUCUGGCUUGUGGAGCUGAUCAUACCCUUGCUUAUUCUGAGUCACGCGUUCAAGUAUAUAGUUGGGGAUGGGGUGAUUUCGGAAGGUUGGGUCAUGGUAAUUCCAGUGACUUGUUCAUUCCUCAGCCUAUUAGAGCAUUGCAGGGUCUAAGGAUAAAGCAAAUUGCCUGUGGGGAUAGCCACUGUUUGGCAGUUACCAUGGAAGGCGAGGUCCAGAGUUGGGGGCGGAAUCAAAAUGGUCAACUUGGACUUGGCACCACAGAGGACUCUCUUGUGCCACAAAAGAUUCAAACAUUUCAGGGAGUACCUAUCAAAAUGGUUGCUGCAGGUGCAGAACACAGUGUGGCCAUUACUGAAAGUGGAGAACUGUAUGGAUGGGGUUGGGGCCGAUACGGAAACUUGGGGUUGGGAGAUAGAAAUGAUCGUUGGAUUCCUGAGAAAGUUUCUUCUGUUGAUUGUGACAAUAUGGUCAUGGUUGCUUGUGGUUGGCGGCAUACAAUUUCUGUUUCAUCUUCUGGUGGCUUAUACACAUACGGAUGGAGCAAAUAUGGCCAGCUCGGACAUGGAGAUUUUGAGGAUUAUCUUGUUCCUCACAAGCUUCAAGCCUUGAGUGAUAAGUCAAUUUAUCAGGUAUCAGGUGGUUGGAGACAUAGUAUGGCACUCACAUCUAGUGGAGAACUCUAUGGAUGGGGUUGGAAUAAGUUUGGACAGGUUGGAGUUGGUGAUAAUGUUGACCACUCCUCUCCUGUGGAAGUGAAGUUUCCACAUGAUCAGAAAGUAGUUCAGAUCACAUGUGGGUGGAGACACACUAUUGCUGUUACAGAAAAAGAAAACGUAUAUUCUUGGGGAAGAGGCACAAAUGGGCAACUGGGGCAUGGGGAUACCAUUGACCGAAAUUCUCCGAAAAUUAUUGAGGCAUUGAGUGUUGAUGGAUCUUCUGGGCAGCAAAUAGAAUCCUCAAACUCCGAUGUAUUAUCAGGGAAAGCCUGCUCAUCCUUAUCCGAGAGAUAUGCAGUUGUUCCUGAUGAAACUGUCUCAGGACAAACUGCUAAUUCAGGCGGUGGAGAUAGGCUUGAUCUUAGUGUCCCAGAAACUGAUGUCAAACGAAUCCGAGUUUGAUAUACUAAAUUUUGGUUAGAUGAAAAUGAUAUGAUGCAUUGAAUUGAUGUCUCAUCAGUCCAUUGGAGCCACUCAGCUGCCACUAGUAAUUUGGCUUUCAACAUCAUGAUUGUAAAUUGUAGCCUUAUGAGAAAUGCUACCAACAAACUGUAACACCUUUUUCUAAUACGUUCUUUAGUAUUUGUUAAAAUUUGUUGAGACACUGAAAUAAUACGUGAGACUCAUUAAAUAGAGAAUGGGGUUCACAUUAUUUUGUGAGUCUCAAUAAAUUUUAUUCAAUAACAAAAUGUGUUCAAACUUCAAAGGAGUGUGUAGAAAGAAAGUAUUAGCAUUUCUAGUGAUAUUAUAAGAAUCAUUUCAUGUGAUCUCCCAAUUCUAUAUAUUAUCAAUCAACAAGUAUAAGUCUUGCCUUGAUCUUGGGCUCAAUUGACAAGGGAAGGUAAGUAUAUUAU